AUGGGAUUCUUGAUAGAUGAUAACGAGUUUGUUUCUACUAUUAAGGAAGUUGUCGAGUUAGCGUCAGCUGCAUGGCUAAGGAGGCUUUUUGUGAUAUUGUUGCUAUCCGAUUCCAUGGGAAGACCUCUGUCAGUCUGGGAACAAAUUUGGGCUUAUUUGUCUGAUGAUAUUCUUUAUCGCAUAAGACAUGAGCUGCAAUAUCCCGGUAAGAAUUUUCAUAAUGGGAAAUCAUUGAGAAAUUAUGCUGACAUGCCGGUCCCUAAUAACUCCUUAGUCUCACAAUUUAGCAAUUUGAUGCUGUUGCGUGAGUUGCAGUAUGAUGCUGUUUCUUUGACUUGUGAGCACGAUGUAAAUAUCUUAAAGGUAAAUGAAGAACAGAGGGUGGUCUACGAUAAAAUUAUUGAUUGUGUUUCGAAUAAGAGGCACGGAGUCUUUUUUGUGUACGGGUUUGGUGGCACUGGAAAAACUUUUUUAUACAGAGUUUUGUCAGCUAGAUUGCGAUAUGAGAAAAAGAUUGUUAUAAGCAUUGCUUCUCUAUUAUUACCUGGUAGUAAGAUGGCGCAUUCUAGGUUCAAUAUUCCUGUUGAGCUUACUGAAGAUACUAUUUGUCGGAUCAAGAAAGAUAGUCCAAAAAGCUGA